CAUGGCGACGACUUGAGUGGAUUUAUUUUGUAUUGACGACGAACCAACAAGAAUCGAGGUUGAGGGAAGAGCAGAGGUCAUGUACGGAUCAUCUAGAGGGGGCAUGAUGUUUGGGAGCGGGGUGGGCUCAAAGAGACAAAGAAUGAUGCAAUCAAAUCCCUCCUACUUGGCAGUUGGCACAUUCCCUGUGGUUCGCCUCCGUGGUCUUCCCUUCAACUGCGCUGACAUGGACAUCUUCAACUUCUUUACCGGCCUCAACAUUGUCGAUGUCUUGCUCGUCACCAAAAACGGCAAAUUCUCCGGGGAGGCCUUUGUCGUCUUUGCUGGUCCAAUGCAAGUCGAGAUUGCACUCCAGAGGGACAGGCAGAAUAUGGGUAGGAGAUACGUCGAAGUUUUCCGAUGCUAUAAGCAGGAUUACUACAACGCGGUUGCCGCUGAGGAGGGCGCAGCAUCUGAAUACAAUCUUAGCCCUCCUCCUCCCGCUAGAGCACAACAGAGGUUUUGCGAGAAAGAGAAGCUCGAGUACACUGAGGUUUUGAAGAUGCGGGGCCUCCCCUACUCUGCCAACAAGCCUCAAAUCAUUGAGUUUUUCAGCGGGUACAAGGUUAUUGAAGGAAGGGUACAUGUUGUGUGUCGACCUGAUGGUAAAGCCACGGGUGAGGCCUAUGUUGAGUUUGAGACAGCUGAGGAGGCAAGAAGGGCCAUGGCUAAGGACAAAAUGUCCAUUGGUCCAAGGUACGUGGAGCUAUUUCCAACUACUCGUGAAGAGGCUCGAAGAGCUGAGCCGAGGUCUAGGCGAUGAUGAUGACGACGACAUUGUCGUUUACUAUGAUGUAUCAUUAUUAUAUAUUUCCUGUGGACUAAUUUUGCUAGGUAAAACCCAAAAUGUUCAUCAGUGGAAUAAAAAGAUCUUCGAGAUCAACGUUACUGUUUU